AUGGGAAGCAUUGAAGAAGUUCGUCCAGGCGACGAGUUGGUAAUCUCAGCGGAUCCCAACCAUCCAGCAAACCUCAUUCCGAGGCUAUGCAAACAGUUCUACACACUAGGCUGGGUCACGGGUACUGGAGGUGGUGCAAGUAUCAAGCAAGGUGAUCAUGUCUACAUCGCUCCCUCCGGCGUUCAGAAGGAGCUCAUGGAGCCGGAGAACAUCUUCGUCAUGUCCUGGCCUACUCCGAAAUAUCCGCCCUCUGAACGCGUCUACAUUCGCAAGCCACUCGAUCUGAAGCCAUCUGCGUGCACGCCUCUCUUUCUCUCAGCAUUUGAGCAAGGUGCGGGAUGUUGUAUUCAUACUCACUCCCAGUGGGCAGUCUUGGUGACGUUGCUGGUCGAGCAGAAAUUUAGCAAGGAUGCUUGCUUCGAGAUCAGCACUAUCGAGCAGAUCAAAGGUAUUCCAGCGGGCAAAGGUAAGGGAAUGUUAGGCUAUCACGACAAGCUGAAGAUUCCCAUCAUCGAGAAUACGCCUUUCGAAGAGGACUUGACUGGCAGCCUGGAGAAGGCUAUGCAGCAGUACCCGGACACAUACGCUGUUCUCGUCCGACGGCACGGCAUAUACGUGUGGGGUGACACAUGGAUCAAAGCCAAAACACAAUGCGAGAGCCUCGAUUACUUGUUCCAGCUAGCCGUCGAAAUGCACAAACUCGGCCUGCCUUGGCUCCCGUGA